AUGGAGAAGGAGGUUGCUGUAACAUCUAUGCCUACCAACCCGGCAACCACCUUCCCCCACUCUCCUACUGUUAAUGACUACCGCUAUCAAACGUCCAUUCCAGCUCAAUCAGGAGUUUUACCUCAGCAACCAUCGUUUUCCGUACAAUAUGCAGGAACCGUACCUCAGCUGCAAGAAACCUUUCCAGGACACCAUACGACAUAUCCAGGGCAGCAAGGAGUUAUCACACUAGGCAUGAACGCCGCCCAGGUAGCCCAGACGCUCCACGCAAACUCACAAUACAAGACCGUAGCUCCGAUUGCGGCUCUCGGUCGAUCUCCCGCCCCCGUGGACUGCCCUGGCUGUGGGCAGCGCGCCUUAACCGCUACCAGCUUUGCAAUUGGCAACACCACCCACGGCUGGGCUGCUGCUAUUUGCUGCCUGUUCUGCUUAGGCUGUAUUCCAUAUCUCAUGAAUGAUGCCAAGGAUGUCGAGCAUAAAUGCGGACAGCGGAACCACUGA